AAUCUACCCCCCAUCUUAUCGUGCAAUAAUACAUCGCUUCGAUUCCUGAUAGGUAGUCAUACAAAGAGCUCGAUUUACCAAGACUUUCAGCCGCUACUUAUACCAGCGCCACCUACUAUCCAAUCAUCCAGGCUCCUCGCAGGCUCAACACGAGCAUCAUGUCCGGAAAUCCCCCGAGCGAUCCCACUUUCUUUAAAGACUUUGAGAUCCACGACGUUGUUUAUAAAACUGUGGGUGACCACGAUAUUUCAUUGUCAAUUCUUGUUCCGAAGACUUUACUGUCUGAGGUGAACGACUCCCAUGGAAAGAGACCCGUCAUUGUUCGGUUCCAUGGGGGCUUCUUGGUGGGAGGGUCACGAACAUAUACCGACUGGUUUCCCAAAUGGCUCCUUGAAUUGGCCAUCUCUCGGCAAGCGAUUCUGGUCACACCGGACUAUCGGCUACUGCCCGAGUCCAAUGGCCUCGACAUACUGUCCGAUCUGAACGACUUUUGGUCCUGGAUACAACAUGAUUUUGAAUCAGCCCUUCUGAAUGGCUAUCCUUCUUCUACCAUCAAGCCGGACCUGGACAAGGUCCUUGUAGCAGGCGAAAGUGCCGGCGGAUAUCUUGCCGCGCAAAGCAUGCUACUCCAUCCCGAGGCCAACAUCGCCGCUGUUAUAUUAGUAUACCCAAUGGUCCAUUUACGUGAUCGGUGGUGGGACGAGAGCUAUCAGAAGCCAAUGUGGGGUUCAACCCAUCUACCAUUCGACAAAGUCGAGCAGCAUCUCCGUGAACUACCAGAUGGUCUAAUUGUCACUGCCGACAAACGCCUGGAGAAAGGAGCAGAGACAAACAGAAGCGAUCUAGCAGUGCGAAUUGUCCAGAAUGGUAAAUUCCUGGACUUUCUCGGUAGACAGUCAGAGGUAUUUCCAGUUGAGAAUAUCUCCCGAGCGACCAAGUUGCCAGGUUUUGUUUGGUUGUUCCAUGGAAAGCAAGAUACGGCAGUCCCAUUUUAUGGAAGUGAACGGUUUGUCGAGGAGCUUGGUGCGCAGAAGCCAGAGGUCAAUGUUAGAUUUGAGGGGUAUGAGGGUGAUCAUGGGUUUGAUAAUGAUGCAACGAUUGCGGAGGGAUGGAUGACAGAUGGGAUGACUGAAGUGGGCAAGUAUUGGUAAGGUGUGAAAAGUGUUGGUAUACUUUAGAUCGAGUUGAGGAUAUAGUUGAUUCGAUGUGAUGGACCUGAUUCGGGCCGGGCUGUCGAUAACGUUGAUAACGAGCCAUUGAUAAGAGAUAAGAUGUUUGCACUGUUUGCCGACCGCGGGG